AUGGCCUCUCUCCUCGGAUCGGCUACCAGCCAAUGCCGCGUCCCCGUGCAGCACGCGCUGACACGUCAGCCAGCAACUCCCAAUGCCGCUGGUCGAGCAGCCUUUUCGAGAAGGUCAUUGGCGAUAAGGUCGUCCGUUGACGAUUCUGUCAACGGCAGACGUUCUGACCCUUCGUCGCAAGAGCAUUCUCCCGCAGCAGCAGCAGCAGCGGAAACGGCGGGUGUGAGUCGUCGGUCAGUUCUCCUCGCUCCAGCUGCUUCCGCCGCUGCGGCUGUGGCGCUGAGCCUAGGGAUUGCCGCGACUGCCGCCCCUGAAAGCGCGCAAGCCUUCGGCCUGGGUGCGUGCUUUGUAGGAGCGAUGGAGCUCGGACCCUUUAUUGACCCUUCGCAUUUUUCAUUCUCCAUCCUCUCCACCUUUUCCGCCCUCUCAGCCUUUCCGUUCUUUACGCCCUUUCCGCCCUUUCCGCCUUCUACCCCCUUCCGCCCACUCCGCCCUUCCGCCGUAUCCGCCCUAUCCGCCCUUCCCCCACGCUUUGACCGCUGCACCGACGGAGUACUGCAGCUUGAAGAAGCGCAAGGCCAUUGGGUGCCUCAAACACCUCCUGGUUACUUUCUUCUGGUUUCCCCCUCUCCCCACUUCCGCACCCCUUCAUUCCCUGAUUCACCUCACACUUCUCCCUGCCUCCCCCAAUCCUUCCCCACCCCACCAGCGGGUCCCAAGGAGUGGCUCAAGGCGCAGAAGCGCAAGUCGAUGCAGUUUCUCCUCAACCCCCUCAUGGUCUCGUCCGCGCGCCUUGCAGCUGCCAAGGCUGAGUUCGUCGGGUCAAAUCUCAACCCUCUCGUGCUCUCCUCUGCGCGCGUUGUUUCUGCCAAGGCUGAGUUUGCCUCUUCCUCCUCUCUCCGUUCCCUCUCUCUCCACUCCCCGUUCUCACUCCAGUGCCACGGCUCCACCACCCCCUCUGAGCUGGCAUCGGUGCAGGCAAGAUUGCAGGAACCCUCCCUUGACAGCCUCUCUUCCGCCAUCCAUCACACCGUCUUCUUUCCUCCCUCUCUCCGUCCUAUCCACUCUUUCAUUGCAGAGGCCUCCACUACCCCAUCUGAGCUGGCGUCAGUGCAGGCAGGAGUGCGGGAAGCCUCCCUUGACUGCCUCGCCCCUGGCUUUACUCCUGGCGUGGAGCUCUGCACCUUCAAGCUUAUCCUCAAGAAUGCUGCCUCUCUUCUGGAUAAGAACGACCCGGCGCUCGUGCUGGGUGAGGAGGCGCUUCUCGACCUCAUCUGGUCGUUCAGACAGCUGCAUGGGUUGCUGGACGAGGCUCAGGGCUCCGACCCCCCUCCCCGGUGA